UCUCACCCGCAACAACACAGCCUAAAUCCACACAACACACCGUUCUACUCGCUGCUCCUCCUACAGAAGACACAGGUUAGGUUGCGCUCAGUGAGUUUUAUAGCAACUGUUGCCCGGUGAGGCAGCGCCAUAGUCACCGUAGUCCUGACGACUGUAACCCACCAACAACAACAACCUCUCGUUCCAUCAUUACCACCUCCACCAUCCUCAUCAACCAGUCCUCAGCCCAGGCGCCAUGCAGACCCCUGAGGCAGGCGGUGACUCCACCUCCACUGUCCCUCUCCAGAACGCCGUGACCGUGCAGCCUGCAGGCUCCGUCCAGCAGGUGACCUCUCAGGCCCAGACGGUCCAGCAUGUCUAUUCAACACAGGGCCAGUAUGUGGAGGAGAACAGUGACGUCUACACCAAUGGAACCAUACGGACGUACUCGUACUCCGAGCCCCAGCUGUACAGCCAGAACAGCGGAGGCAGCUACUUCGACACGCAGGGCAGCUCGUCCCAGGUGUCCACGGUGGUGUCAUCCCACGGCAUGGCCAACAACGGAGGGGGGAACGGGGGGCUGACCAUGGGUCUGGCCGGGGGGCAGAUCAUCAGCAGUUCUGGGGCCUACCUAAUCGGGGGCAACUCCAUGGACAACUCUGCCCCCCACCCAGCGGCCCAGACUACCCGAGCCUCCCCGGCCACUGUGAGUAUUGAAAUGGCGAUUGAGACGCUCCAAAAGACUGAAGGUUUAUCCAGUCAGAGAAGUUCGCUGCUCAACAGCCAUCUACAGUGGCUGCUGGAUAACUACGAGACUGCGGAGGGGGUGAGCCUGCCGCGCUCCACCCUCUACAACCACUACCUGCGCCACUGCCAGGAGCAGAAACUGGACCCGGUCAACGCAGCCUCCUUCGGCAAACUCAUCCGCUCCAUCUUCAUGGGGCUCCGCACGCGACGCCUCGGCACGCGAGGGAACUCCAAGUACCACUACUAUGGGAUCAGACUGAAGCCGGACUCGCCUCUGAACAGACUGCAAGAGGACAUGCAAUAUAUGGCCCUGAGACAGCAGCCUGUCCAACAGAAACAGAGGUUUAAGUCUGUGCAGAAGGUUGACGGGGUGUCUGGGGAGAACUUCUCCGGCGGUGGACAGCACACACCCAGUGCAGCCGAGCAGACAGUCAUCGCGCAGAGCCAGCACCACCAGCAGUUCCUGGAUGCGUCACGGGCGCUGCCGGACUUUGUAGAGCUGGACCUGGGGGAGACUAACGUAGACAGCAUCGGCCUGGAGGACAUCAGGGCUCUUCAGUCCCUGUAUAGGGAGCACUGUGAGGCCAUUCUGGAUGUGGUGGUGAACCUUCAGUUCAGUCUAAUAGAGAAGCUGUGGCAGACAUUCUGGCGUUAUUCCCCAUCUGACUCAGUGGAGGGCGCCACCAUCACAGAAAACAGUGGCAUCAGUGAGAUAGAGGGCCGUCUGCCCCGCCCCAGGCUGCUGAUGCUCUGUAGGAACGAGGCUGUGCUCCGGUGGAUGAGUGCCUGUGACCACCUGAUGUACCAGGCCCUCGUGGAGAUUCUCAUCCCUGACGUCCUCAGACCCAUCCCCAGUGCCUUGACUCAAGCCAUCCGCAACUUUGCCAAAAGCCUGGAAGGCUGGCUCAACAAUGCCAUGAAUGCCAUUCCACAGAGAAUGAUCCAGACCAAGGUCGCCGCUGUUAGUGCCUUUGCUCAGACGCUGCGUCGCUACACUAGUCUAAACCACCUGGCCCAGGCGGCCCGCGCCGUUCUGCAGAACACUUCCCAAAUCAAUCAGAUGCUCAGCGACCUCAACCGCGUCGACUUUGCCAACGUGCAGGAGCAGGCAUCGUGGGUGUGCCAGUGCGAGGAGGGUGUGGUGCAGCGGUUGGAGCAGGACUUCAAGGCCACCCUGCAGCAGCAGAGCUCUCUGGAGCAGUGGGCCACCUGGCUGGACAACGUGGUCACACAGGUGCUACAGCCCUUCGAGGACCGGCCCAGCUUCCCCAGGGCGGCGCGACAGUUCCUGCUCAAGUGGUCCUUCUACAGCUCAAUGGUGAUUCGUGACCUGACUUUGCGCAGUGCGGCCAGUUUUGGCUCGUUCCACCUGAUUCGUCUGCUCUACGACGAAUACAUGUUCUACCUGGUGGAACACCGCGUCGCCCAGGCAACCGGCGAGACACCCAUCGGUAUCAUGGGAGACUUUGAUGACCUCAAUGCCAUGUCCCCUGCUAACCUGGAUAAAGACGAGGUGAGCGAGAUGGACAGUGACCUGGAGGAGGACAUGGAGGAGACCGGGGAGCCGCUGGCCAAGAGGGAGAAGGCCGAGCUGGAGCACGAGCACCAGGUCAUCCAGGUCAUCCAGGUGGGGGCUCUGGAGGACGGCAGUAACCCUGUGGUGGGGGUAGUCCAGCCGGGCAUCCUGCACUCUCUGCCACAGCCCCCUCAGGACCACGCCGAGCACAUCCUAACUCCAUCCUCGGCCACCCCCACCAUCCGCCACUGCAGUGCCACCGGCAACAGCUACGCCUCUGUCUGAAGAGAGGGCGACGCCCACCCGGGAGCCCUUCCGUCUGCCUGUCACCAGUGUCUGUCAGUCUCGCUGUCACACACGUCUGUGAUGCCACCCCCCCCGCACCCACUUCUGUCACACGCUGUUUUCUUUGCAUUCUUCUAGACACUCCCUCCCUCUCCUUCGGACCGGGCCAAUAGAGGAUGCGGGAACUCCUGUUCAUAGAUGCUGGCGUCCCACAAACUGGUGGAACGAAACCCAACUAGACUGGGAAGCUGCCAGGGAAAGUAAAGUAGAUGCUGCCAUGUCUGACAUUAGACGCUGAGUGACCCCUGCUGUGUAGAGGGGAGGAUCACAUACUUACUGAUGUCUCAGAGCUCAAAUCCAAGCCACCAGCCCCAGAAGAGCAGUGUCACUGUUUGACAGAAAACACUUCUCGCUCAAAUCGGGUUGUUUAGUAGAUAGUGCAUAUUAUAUAUAUUAACCAAACACAGGUGCUAUUCUCUUAACAUUAGCAGAUGUUCCUCACAAUCCAGAGACGGUAUGCGUUCUCAUAGGCUUUAUGUUGUAAACGUUCAGAGAAAAGCAUUGACACAUUCCAGCUAAGGAAUUAGUUUGAACGAUAAUGAGAUUCAUGACUACUUUUGUACAUUUCAAAGCUUCGUUCAUAAAUGACAUUUGGUGGAGUAUGAUUUCUUGUAAUGUGGUUCAAUGUUGGGCAUCCUAUGGUUUAUUUAACAGUGUAUAAUGGCGGCCAUGAUCCCUGAUGACCACUAAUGGUUGUCAGCCAGGAGGUGGUGCCCAUGAAGAAAGACAUUCUGUAAUCUGUGCUGCUACUGUAUAUGAUAUAUAUAUAUAGAUAUAUAUUAUAAGGAGAUUGAGAGAGGCGAGGUUAGACAGACAGGCUGUACUUUACUCUUCUAAAACACUAGCUUUUACGCACUUCAUUCAUAGUAUUGGGUGCUCUUAUCUUGUUGCCUUGGUUUGGUUGCAUUUAGAUUCUCCAGUGUGAUAAAAUGGCAUUAGUUGGACCCACAAUCUGCGGACGUGUUCCCAAUGUGCAGUCGUAGUUUCAUUCAUAAUUUCUUAAGUUGAAUAAUGGACCAAAAACAUCCCACCAGAGGAAAUUGGCGGAGUGAGAGCUAUUUUGGUCGGCCCAGUGGCCCUGGCGAGGCGGGGGCCAGGCCCGUUCCCGGUCCCGACAGCGCCGCAGGUGGUGUUGCAGAGCAGACCGAAUGUCAGGGAUUCUAUGUACCUCGGCUUCAUCGUAGUGCCUUAAUAACCCUUACAUCAGCUGUCCGUGUCGUCCUGGCUCCUCAGCGAUUGCGUGGUCGAGGGGAGGGAUGGCGCACGCUCCCUUUUCUGCGUUUACUGUCCCACCCACAGCUCGGGCUUUCUCUGGUGACUCGUGGCUGGAUUUGGGCUGGUUCAUCUGUGUUACUGCAGGUGGUGAGGUGCUUGUGGACCUCUCUGAACUGUGCUGGUUCUUUGACGUUUCUGUGUUUGAUGUGGGCGUGGUGCCUCGUUCCUGCUCUCACUCGGUCAUCUCUCAAGGCCUGCUCCUAAUUUUCUGCUGUUGGGUGGUGUGUGUGUGGUCGGGGGGGGACUGUGUGUGUGUG